CCCGGCAUGCCUAGCGCCCUUCCCGGCGCUCCUCAAGAUGGCGGCCGACAGUGAGCCCGAGUCCGAGGUUUUUGAGAUCACAGACUUCACCACUGCCUCGGAAUGGGAAAGGUUUAUUUCCAAAGUUGAAGAAGUCUUAAAUGACUGGAAACUGAUUGGAAACUCUUUGGGAAAGCCACUUGAAAAGGGUGUAUUUACUUCUGGCACAUGGGAAGAGAAAUCAGAUGAAAUUUCCUUUGCUGAUUUCAAGUUCUCAGUCACCCAUCAUUAUCUUGUACAAGACUCCACUGAUAAAGAAGGAAAGGAUGAAGUAUUGGAAGAUGUUAUUCCACAGUCUAUGCAGGAUCUGUUGUGUAUGAAUAAUGAUUUUCCUCCGAGAGCACAUUGCCUGGUAAGAUGGUAUGGAUUGCGGGAGUUUGUGGUGAUUGCCCCUGCUGCAAACCAUGAUGCAGUUCUCAGUGAAUCUAAGUGCAAUCUUCUUCUGAGUUCUGUGUCUAUUGCUUUGGGAAACACUGGCUGCCAGGUGCCACUCUUUGUGCAGAUUCAUCACAAAUGGCGAAGAAUGUAUGUAGGUGAAUGUCAGGGUCAUGGUGUCCGAACUGAUUUUGAAAUGGUUCAUCUUCGGAAAGUGCCAAAUCAGUACACUCAUUUAUCAGGACUGCUGGAUAUCUUCAAAUCAAAGAUUGGAUGUCCUUUAACUCCUUUGCCUCCAGUUAGUAUUGCUAUUCGCUUUACCUAUGUACUUCAGGAUUGGCAGCAGUACUUUUGGCCUCAGCAACCUCCAGAUAUAGAUGCCCUUGUAGGAGGAGAAGUUGGAGGCCUGGAGUUUGGCAAGCUACCAUUUGGUGCCUGUGAAGAUCCUAUAAGUGAACUCCAUUUAGCAACUACAUGGCCUCACCUGACUGAAGGUAUCAUUGUGGAUAAUGAUGUUUAUUCUGAUUUGGAUCCUAUUCAGGCUCCCCAUUGGUCUGUUAGAGUUCGAAAAGCUGAUAAUCCUCAGUGUUUGCUAGGUGAUUUUGUCACUGAAUUUUUUAAAAUUUGCCGUCGAAAAGAGUCAACUGAUGAGAUUCUUGGACGAUCCACAUUUGAGGAAGAAGGGAGAGAAAUUGCUGAUAUAACUCAUGCUUUGUCAAAAUUGACAGAACCAGCACCAGUUCCAAUUCAUAAAUUAUCAGUUUCAAACAUGGUACAUACUGCAAAGAAGAAAAUACGAAAACACAGAGGUGUAGAAGAAUCACCACUGAAUAAUGAUGUCCUCAAUACUAUUCUCUUGUUCUUAUUUCCCGAUGCUGCUUCUGAGAAACCAUUAGAUGGAAGUUCUUCAACAGACAAUAAUAAUCCUCUUUCAGAGAGUGAAGAAUAUAAUCUUUAUAAUCAGUUCAAAUCUGCACCAUCUGACAGUUUAACAUACAAAUUGGCUUUGUGUCUAUGUAUGAUCAAUUUCUACCAUGGAGGAUUGAAGGGAGUGGCACACCUCUGGCAGGAAUUUGUUCUUGAAAUGCGUUUCAGAUGGGAAAACAACUUUCUGAUUCCAGGAUUAGCAAGUGGACCCCCAGACCUAAGAUGUUGUUUACUACAUCAGAAACUACAGAUGUUAAAUUGUUGUAUUGAAAGAAAGAAGGCCCGUGAUGAGGGGAGAAAGACAAAUACUUCAGAUAUGUAUCCAGGGGAUGCUGGAAAAGCUGGAGACCAGCUAGGGCCAGAUAAUCUAAAAGAUACUGAUAAGGAAAAGGGAGAGGUUGGAAAGUCUUGGGAUUCUUGGAGUGACAGUGAAGAAGAAUUUUUUGAAUGCCUAAGUGAUACUGAAGAACUUAAAGGAAAUGGACAAGAGAGUGGCAAAAAAGGAGGACCUAAGGAGACGGCAAGUUUAAAACCGGAAGGACGACUACAUCAGCAUGGAAAACUCACACUGCUACAUAAUGGAGAGCCGCUCUACAUUCCAGUGACCCAGGAACCAGCACCUAUGACAGAAGAUCUGCUAGAGGAGCAGUCGGAGGUUCUGGCUAAAUUAGGAACAUCAGCAGAAGGGGCUCACCUCCGAGCACGCAUGCAGAGUGCCUGUCUGCUCUCAGAUAUGGAGUCUUUUAAGGCAGCAAAUCCAGGUUGUUUUCUGGAAGAUUUUGUGAGGUGGUACUCACCCCGGGAUUACAUUGAAGAGGAAGUCAUUGAUGAAAAGGGCAACAUGGUUCUGAAAGGAGAAUUGAGUGCCCGAAUGAAGAUUCCAAGCAAUAUGUGGGUCGAAGCCUGGGAAACAGCUAAGCCAAUUCCUGCUAGAAGGCAGAGGAGACUUUUCGAUGAUACACGGGAAGCAGAAAAGGUGCUGCACUAUCUGGCAGUACAGAAACCUGCAGACCUUGCUCGGCACCUGUUACCUUGUGUAAUUCAUGCAGCUGUACUCAAGGUAAAGGAAGAAGAAAAUCUGGAAAACAUUUCUUCAGUCAAGAAGAUUAUAAAGCAGAUAAUAACUCAUUCCAGUAAAGUUUUGCACUUCCCCAAUCCAGAAGAUAAGAAAUUGGAAGAAAUCAUCCAUCAAAUUACUAAUGUAGAAGCUAUAAUUGCCAGAGCCCGCUCACUGAAAGCCAAGUUUGGAACUGAGAAAUGUGAACAAGAGGAGGAAAAGGAAGACCUUGAAAGGUUUGUGAGUUGCCUUUUGGAGCAGCCUGAAGUGUUAGUUGUGGGCGCAGGAAGAGGACAUGCUGGCAAAAUCAUUCACAAGCUGUUUGUGAAUGCUCAGAGGGCUGCAGCCCUGGCUCCACCGGAGGAGGAACUGAAGAGAAUGAGCUCUCCAGAAGAGAGAAGGCAGAACUCGGUGUCAGACUUCCCACCUCCUGCUGGCCGGGAACUCAUUUUGCGCACUACUGUGCCACGCCCAGCCCCGUACUCCCGAGCUCUGCCUCAGCGCAUGUAUAGUGUUCUCACCAAAGAGGAUUUCAGACUUGCAGGUGCUUUUUCAUCAGAUACCUCCUUCUUCUAAUUCUUCUGGAGCCACCUUAUUUAUGGCUUCAGAGACUGUGCUGAUCCCUUCUGUGGGAAGAGUUUGUGCCAGUCAAAAUUUGAGAGACCCUGAAGAGGACCUGUCCAGUCCAUGAUCAGGAAUCAUACCAGCAUCUGAAAGACCGUCCAGCGUCAUGCUUGGGCUGUGUUGUAUCUUGAUUUGGGCAGAGAGAAUGGGCCUGAGCUUUGGAAAGAUUUGUUCCCCAAAGAGAUGGACCUUGUUUGAACAGGGGUAGGGGUAGCGGGUAGGGGUAUGUACAGGGACCAGAAAAACAGCAGGCGCUCUCUGUACUCCAGUGGGAUUGUGCUCAUUUAUUCUUUCCUAUGACUGCCCCCUAGGCUAUCACCUUUCAUUUUUAGUCUGUGUAAACACACUUGUAUUUGUUAUAUCAAGUAUGCAAAACAAAGUAUCUGUUAAUUCAGAUUUCUGGAUAUUUUGGUGGUAGCUUUUUUUCCUCAGAAUCUGUGUUUUUGAAAUACUAAAUGAAAUUCUGUUUAUUCAGUCAUCUAGUGGCUAUCCUUAUUGUAUUAACUUUUGAUGAGCAUUUUGAAUGUUCUAGGAGAAAGCCUAGAAUUUCACAUAAUUUGUGUUUUUCCGUGUAACUGUGACCUAAAUGUAUUCCUUCUGAUAAAACUAUAUAUUGAAUGUCACUGCAAAUUAGUUUUAUAUCUGUGUUAUAAGGUUUGUUUCUCUUACGUGUUUUGUUUUUGGUUGACAGUGAGAUAUUAACCUGCAGACUGUUCUCUUCUGGCAGCAUGCAUUCCUUUUUUUUUUUUUUUUUUUUUUUUGGUAAUUGCUGGCUGGAUACUAUAUUUAAUGGAGUAGAGAUGAGCACAUGCUACAAAUAUAGCUUUGGAACAUAGAGAUUAUCAUGCAGUUAGUAUAAUUUGGUGUAUAUGCUAAUGUAAUGAAUAGAAGAUUAUUUCAGUGAACUAUUUUGCUUUUGUGUUCUAGAUAAAAUGAAAAUAAUCAGUUGGGAUGUAUAUAGCACCCAGCAUAAAGAUAACAAGCAACAUAAUUUCUAGUUAUGUAGUGAUCAAGAUUUAUUAAGUCUGUGUUGCUGUAUGGCCUCUGUUCAGUAAUCUGAAAUCUAUUUUUAGGCCUAAAAUUCCCAUUUUAAUCCAAAGCAAAAAAUGGUUAUACUGAAGCAUAGACCUUGCCUAUGUAAUUUAAAGAAUUAAAUAGAGCUGUGUAAACUGUUAUAUUAUUUUUGUAAAAAAAAAAAAAAUGUGUGUGUACAUAUAUAUGUAUAUAUGCACAUAUAUAUGUAUAUAUCUAUAUAUGAAGUAGGGGAUGCCUGGGUUGGUUACCUCUCAGCCUUCACAGUGCUUUUCUCUGAGAUGCUGGACUCGAUUGCAGCUGGUAAACCAUACCGAUGCAGGCCUGAGGACUGAGCGCCAUACCAAGUAGAAAAUAUAUCUUUCAAGGACAGGGUUUGUCUGCUUUCCAAUGAGGAAGUUAAUAGUAAAGAAACAUUUUUCAAAGAGGUUGGACUUUAAAAUGGCAUUGCAAGUCUAAUAAAAAGGAAAAUCUUGCUUUC